GUUGAAUGGGUUCAGUGCUGGCCGUGCUGUGCCGGAGUGAACUUCGUUGUGUCGUCGCGUCAAUUUUUAUUUACAGAUUUUUCACAAAAGGUUUACCCAAAAACAACGCCAGCGACCCGCCGACGGGAUGAAGGAAGAAUCGCAGUAUCUUUACGGACCACCGGACAUAUGCAGACCAGCGUUGCUGCUGCCUGUGCUCGACGAGCGGGAAUGGAACUACAGUUUCAGAGCAUUCCUUUAUUUCCUGGGCCUUCUGUACUUCUUCCUUGGAGUAGCUAUUGUCACCGACAUUUUUAUGACAUCGAUCGAGACGAUUACAAGCAAGACGAGGAAAAUCUAUUUAAGCAAAACGUCCUCAAAGCUGAAAAGGAAUGGAAGUUAUAAUUCGGUUGGUGGAGUGGUCGCUGGGUUAAAGGAGGAUGAGCCGGAAGUCAUCGAAGUUAGAGUUUGGAACGACACAGUCGCCAAUUUGACAUUAAUGGCAUUGGGCACAUCCGCGCCCGAGAUUCUGCUUUCGAUCAUUGAAAUCAUUGGCCAUAACUUUGAAGCGGGACAGCUUGGGCCUGGUACGAUAGUAGGAUCUGCGGCUUUCAACCUGCUCAUCAUCACAAGCAUAUGCAUGCUUGCACUUGACGGCGACGAUACGAGACGUAUAAACCGAUUCAAGGUGUUCAUUGUGACUGGGCUAUUCAGCUUCUUCGCCUACAUAUGGAUGUUCAUCAUACUUCAGGUCAUCUCUGCAAAUCGGGUCGAAUUAUGGGAAGCCGUCCUCACCUUCGUCUUUUUCCCCCUGCUGACGCUUUUCGCAUAUUCCGCUGACAAGGGAUGGUGCGGUCUUGGUAUAAUCAGACAAAGCAAAAACAAACAGCAGCUUGAACUAGGGCCUUUAAGAGGUGACGAAAAUGAAAAGGUCCUUGCUGAAAAAUUAUUCUUCAGAGAAGGAAAAAUUGACAAAGACAACCUUGUCCGAUUUAUAAGAGAAGUUAAGAAAUACGAAGGAUUGACAGAUGAAGAUGCUGCAGUACUUGCAGCGGCAAAAUUAGUGGACAAUCAGCAGCAUUCAACCAUGUGGUACAGGAUAGGCGCUGUUAGAACUAUGUCUGGUGGAAGGAGGCUGCGACCCAUUCUUAGUUCAAAGCUCAAACAGGUCUACGACACGAUCAACGAACAUCCUCAUGGGCCUGAUCUGGGAGAUGUCCCACCACCGCCAGACAUGGUCAACAAUGCUGUCAUCGAGUUUCAUGCAGCAACAGUUGCGGUGAAAGAAAAUAUCGGAAAAUUUGGAAUCACAAUCUGGAGGCACGGAAACCUUAAUGAACAAGUUCGUGUCAGAGUACAAACUAUCGAUGGAACUGCUAGAAAAAUCGAAGACUAUGUACCAAUAAAUGAAAUUAUUACUUUCGAACCUGGACAGAAAGAAAAACAAGUCAUCGUUGAAAUUGUCAACGAUAACAAGUGGGAGCCAAAUGAGGAAUUCUUCUUGAGAUUAAGCCUUGUCAGAAACGAGGAUCAAAACGUCGAACUUGGACGGAUGGCUAUCAUGGAAGUCACUAUACUCGAUGAUGAUGAACCUGGGAUAUUAUCUUUUGAAAAGCGCGGCACUAUUGUCAAAGAAAGCGCAGGAGUAGUCACAGUUGAUAUUUUCAGAACAAAAGGCUCAGACGGAGAAGUGUCAGUACAAUGGAGGACUAUAGAUAAAUCUGCGAUAUCAGGCCGGGAUUACAAAGGCGGUACUGGAACGUUAACUUUCAAGCAUGGAGAGGUUAUGAGGUCUCUGCAAAUCCCGAUUGUUAAUGAUCUCGAAGCAGAAAAGGAUGAGCAUUUUGAGAUUGAACUAUUUGCACCAACUGACGGCGCAAAGAUUGGAAACAUAAACAGAUGUGCUGUAACGAUAACUAAUGAUGACGAUUUUCAUAAUAUGAUGGAUAGACUCAUGGUAAUGACGAACACAAACAUCGAUUCAUUUCGUGUGUACAGAGAUACUUGGGGUCAGCAGCUCAAAGACGCUAUGCUCGUCAAAGGCGGUGAUAUUGAAAACGCAACGACCUCUGAUUACGUACUUCAUUUUGCUUCGUUCUUCUGGAAGGUACUCUUCGCCUUGAUCCCUCCGCCAGGGAUUUUAGGAGGCUGGCUGUGUUUCUUAGUUUCGCUCGCUUGCAUCGGCAUGAUGACCGCCAUGAUUGGCGAUCUUGCCACGAUAUUCGGUUGCCUUGUCGGACUAGAGGACACCAUGACAGGGUACGCAGUUUAUUGUUCCCGCUGGAGGUCUUGGAUUCAGCGUUCUUCUUUAUUCUAUUUGUGCAAUUAUAGCUUUUGUGCUUUUGCUCGCAAGGCGAAACCUUUCCUUCUUUGGCAAGGCGGAAAUUGGUGGCCCUGCUGCCGGCAGGUACACAUCUGCAGGACUACUCAUUUCGCUUUGGGUGACGUACAUCGUCCUCUCCUAUCUACAAAUCCAUGGGACGAUAAAAAUCAAUAUUUGAAAACAUUGCCUUCCAAUGGAGUCUUCCUGUCUCAUAUUAUUUUUUAACCAAUUGAAGACUUGAUCAAAAAUCUUUUGUAAAGACUUAUUUCCUUUGUAUUUUAUAAAUGUAAAUAUUUCUUAUUUUUAUUUUUAACUAAAUGUCUAAAAAUAAGAUGCCUUAAUUUAUAUUAUGUAUAGGUAAAUAUCAAGCUUUAACAAAUAUUUUUGUAUUUUUUAUUAUCACUCACUUUAAAUUUAAUAAGUUAAAUGUAAAAUUAAUUUUAAUUUUUUGUAUUCGCAGAAGAGAAAGUACAAAAAAGCUUCAUUUUAAAAUAAAUUAUAUUGAUAAAA